AUGCAGCCGCCUAUGGAUGCCACCGAGGCCCUAUUGAGAAGGGUACAGCGCCCUUUGUCAACUGAAUUUGAAACCAGAUCCUCUGAUAACCUUUCCUAUCUUCAUCAUACUUCAACACUCUCUGAGAACCUUGACCUGUAUCGCCCAGGUGGCUACCAUCCUGUCUCUUUGGGCGACACCUUCAAGAAUGGACGCUACAGAGUUGCCCAUAAGCUCGGAUGGGGAGGAUUUUCAAUCGUCUGGGUUGCUAGGGAUAACUUACCUGAAGAAUGGGUAGCUUUGAAGAUCCACACCGCUGAAACCACGCUCCGAUCUCACGAGCUCUCAACCUUGCAGUCGAUGCAGCAGCAUGGUGCUUCGCCCUACAUUGUCCGAUUGCUCGAUUCUUUUGACCACAUAGGGCCAAAUGGGUCUCAUCAAUGUCUUGUCUUCGAGCUUCUCGGACCCUCAGUUAAUCAUAUUCUCGCUGAUUAUAAUGAGGAAGGAGUCCGGUUAGAAAUUGAAACUAUUCUCAAAUUGACGAAACAGUUGUUACAGGCCAUUUCAUUUCUUCAUCGACAAGGAUAUGCACAUGGGGACAUAAGUGGUAACAACGUCGUUUUCACUGCCUCAGAAUUAAAGUAUUUGUCAGAAGAAGCACUUUGCGACAUCAUUGGACAUCCACAGUUGGGCUCGAUAUCGCGCAACGAUGGCACGCCCCUUGGUCCGAGUAUGCCAAAGUACCUUGUAGAAAGGGCUGAGUGGGAUGAAUGGAUUGAUGAUGACGAGGCGGAUUUGCGCCUCAUUGACUGGGGAGAGGCAUUUAAACACGGUGCAGAGCCUCCUAAGCUUGCUCAACCUUUCGACUUGAAGGCGCCGGAAACUAUCUUCACUGAUAAUUUUGAUUACAGACUCGAUUUGUGGCGAGCUGGCUGCGUAGUAAGAUUUGCCUUCUUCUGA